UCGAAAAAUCAUACUAUAAUAUAAGGCCCCACAUGAACAAUAAACAUCUGUUACCACAAAUCUUUGAUUCAAAUUAUUCAAAACCUUCGUAGAUGGUCGAAGCGUCUCGUCGCAAACUAUCGAUAUACCCGAAAAUUUUUCAGAUUCUUGGGUUGAAGGAUGUUCUUGGGUCAUACAGAUGGGCUGCCAAGAGUGGGGUCUUCAAAGGAAUUACCUCUUGCUGACCCUGUGUCUGAACUGGAUGGUGGGGAUGAUGUAUCAUGGGAGAUACUAUAUUCUGCCUCUUUUGAAGAAUUUGCUUCAAGCAUUGUAAUGUAUGACACUAUUAUAUGGAUUUCCAUAUCACUUAUCUUGGUUUUAGCUUGGGGAGUUGGCGUCAUCAUGCUGCUCUAUCUUCCCAUGAGAUGUUAUGUGCUCUCAAAAGACAUAUCUUCACGACAACUCUAUGUUACUCCUUCUGAAGUAGUUUACAAGGUGUCAAGACCAUCAUUUAUACCUUUUUGGGGGGUUGUAAAUUCUGAAAGGCGUAUACCUCUUGCUCGAGCAAUAGAUAUCAUUAUUGAACAAGGUUGCUUGCAAGCCAUGUUUGGAAUCCAUACCUUUAGACUCGAAAGUGUAGCACAAGGGAAAGCUGCUUAUGUUGAUGAAUUACAAAUUCAAGGUGUUUCUAAUCCUCAACUUUUAAGAAAGGUGAUAGUAAAAGAAGCUUCAAAGGUUAUACAAAUACAACAAGAUGGUGGUACUGGUAGGAGUUGGAGACAUGGUAGUGAACCACAAAUGAGAUCCAGAUCUUUUACAGACGGAUCAAAUGUUUUAAGAUCAGCAUCAAGAAAUUGGAAGAAUUCACCUCGACCUCCUCCACAAGAACAGAGAGGGUUGAAUCGUACAGAUGUCAUAAUAAACAAAAUGGACCAACUCAGCAAAUCCAUCAAGAAACUGGAGGGGAUUGUAGAAAAAACUCAAGCUACCGAUGAUUAUGAAAGCAGCAGGUAGGUAGGCGAAAGAUUGGAGAAAUAGAAAACGGGUUUCUUGUGAAUUCAAGGGCUCGGAUUUUUUGGAAGUGUUGGUAGAGCGUAGAAUUAAACCUGAUGAUGUAUGAUUCAUUUACAAUGAAAUAAAAGAAUUAGAUCUAUUGGGAAAAAGGGAGUCUCUUUGUUUUACUUUGAUGAUGUAUAAUUCUACAUUUUAUUUAAUUAGAUGGUUUAUAAUUAGAUCUA